AUGGCGGUCACGCUCUCUGCCGCCGCCGCUGCCGGCUCGCUUCCACGCAAGUGGGGCGGCGUCUUUGGUCAGGAGCGCGGCGGCGACGGGUGUGCCACCGGCCGCGGCGACGUGGAGAGCGUGGCGGUUGAGGAGGCGGAAGAAGCGCCAAAGUUCCGUGCUGUCCGCCCCUUCCACCCCGGCCGGCUGCACGCGGCGCUGCAGCGACUCGCGAGCCCCGAUGUGCCCGAGGAGAGGGGCUUGCGCCUCGAGGGCAUCGCAUGGCUCGCGACGCAGCCCAACCUGCAGGGCCUCGUCAGCACCAACGAGGCGGGCGCCUGCGUCGUCGAGCCCGGCGACCCGUGGUGGGCCGUCAUCCCGCGCUCCAAGUGGCCCGAGGGCCUCGAGGAUGCGAUCGCCCCGCUGUGGCACGAGCCGCACGGCGACCGACAGAGCGAGGUCGCGCUCGUCUGGCCCGACGACGCCGCCGAGGGCCGCUGCACGCCCUCCGCGCUGCACGCGGCGCGCGAGCGCUGGUUUGCGACGCUCGAGGCGUGCGUCAUGAAGCCGUCGGAGGACGAGCUGCCGCUGGACGAGUUGGACGAUCCGUUUGCGGACGCGUGGGCGCCCGUGCUGCGGGAGGCGGCGGAGCAGGAGCGCUUGGCCAAGAUCGCCGACGACUCCUACUACGUCCUAGCUCCUACUCCUACAAACGUGUUCGCUGAGUUCCGUUUCAUCACCUAA